GUCUCUUUCGCUGCCAAACCUGAUCGUGAGGCUAUAGUUAGCAACCUGUGUUAGUAUAUAAGGCUCCAUAGUGUCAAAAUGUACAUGUCAGACGUAGGUUCUUGGCUCUUCUCCUGACCAACCCCAAAACCUCCACAUAACCUCAAGAGAUGGCACCCAAAAAGGCCAAGAGGAGGCAGCAGGGAGAGGGUGGCAGCUCCAAUGUGUUCUCCAUGUUUGAGCAGAGCCAGAUCCAGGAGUACAAGGAGGCCUUCACCAUCAUUGACCAGAACAGGGAUGGCAUCAUCAGCAAAGACGAUCUGAGGGACGUGCUGGCCUCCAUGGGUCAGCUGAAUGUGAAAAAUGAGGAACUGGAGGCCAUGAUCAAGGAGGCCAGCGGUCCAAUCAACUUCACUGUCUUCCUCACCAUGUUUGGCGAAAAGCUAAAGGGUGCUGAUCCAGAGGACGUCAUUGUUAGCGCUUUCAAGGUCCUGGAUCCCGAGGGUACUGGCUCAAUCAAGAAGGAAUUCCUUGAGGAGCUUCUGACCACCCAGUGCGACAGGUUCAGCGCAGAGGAGAUGAAAAACCUGUGGGCCGCCUUCCCUCCAGAUGUGGCUGGCAAUGUUGACUACAAGAACAUCUGCUACGUCAUCACACACGGAGAGGAGAAGGAGGAGUAACCUCCUUUUCAUCUACUAUUUAUCUACCUCUUACCUCAAUCCUCUCAUAUCCCCUUACAUAUGGUGCAUUCAUUGGUUCCAUCUUCUCUGGCAUGCUCAGGUUCCCUCAUUCAAUGAAGGCUCCUCUCACACACACGGCUGAUAAUAAAAGACUUUAACUCCAUUGCUGAGAUCCUGAACUGGAAGUCAGGAUGGCUUUUGGAGGUGGUGGGAUCAUUUUAAAUAAACAUUAAUGCCGUGUCGUGAAACCAUGCCAUCUCCCAAUGUUCUUCUGGAUUUUCUUUGGUGCACGAUUGUUUAUUAUCACAACCUACAAUAAAGAGCAGAGGAACAAGCA